AAUUUGCAUAAAACCUAGGAAUCGCAACACCAGCGGCACAUUCAAACAACAGCAGCCUUCAAGGAAGCAUCAUCAUAUCAUCAACACCAAAAGUACAUUCGAAAGAAAACAUUUUUUGAAAAAAGAUAUAUUUUCCAACAAGGACAGAGAAAAAUCAAUUAAAUUGGCAUUAUGUCGACAAUGCACAAUACUGCCUUCUACAAAAACGCCUUUGAUGCCCUGGAUAUCACAUUGCAACCGAUGGAGAAACGGGAGCCAAACUAUAUUGACAACCUGCACAUCAUAUUUUUCGAGCAAAUCUUUGAGGCUAUCGACAACUUGACCGACCAGGUCCGGAUGGCACGAGCCUACCCCCAAUUUAUACCCAGUGUCGUCAGGAUCUGGGAGAAGAACCUGAACUGCAUCGUGGGACCAAACACCGCAUUUCUGAGUAUCCUCGACAUCGAGGAUUACGUAUUCUUCAUGGAGCACAUGACCGAAAUCUUCACCGAGAUGCACGUUAGUGAGGAUGGCGUCGGUGCAUUCCCCGAAUUCUUCGAUUACAUCACACACUUGUGCGACAUCAACAUCACCCGGUUGCCAAAUGUGGAGACCUGCAUUAUGGCCGGAAACCCAAACACUGUGGUUGAUAGUGACAUCAGGGAUUUGACUCUUAUGCUGCCGAACCUGAAGUGUCUCAUGACCUGCAUGAAUCUCUCCGGAGCAUACAUACGGGGAUUCAGGAAUCUAGAGGAACUCAUUUUCAACUCCCUGUACCACUCAGUGCCCCUGGAAAGCCGCUUCAUGCAGGAGAUCUGCCUCAACAUGACAACAUUAAAGGUUCUCGACAUCACCGAUCAAUUCGACAGCCAAGUGCGCCUCACCGACAUCGAGCUGCCCAACCUGGAAGUCCUGAAAAUAAAUCUCAGCAGUGUGGAGUGCAUCGUAUCACAGGUUCUGCAAUUGCCAAAACUUAAGAAGCUGGCAGUGCGCUUCGAUGACUCCCGCCAGCUGAACGCAGACCAGGAAACCAUCUUCCAGGAAAUCGUGGUGGCCAAAAGCGAGAAGAUCACCAGGAUCGCCCUGAACAACGAGGUGGUGCAGUUGCCCGUUCGCUGGCAGCAUAGCCUGCUCUUGGAGUUGCCUAAGCUUAGGAAGCUCGUUUGCGAGAACUGGUACCACGACGAGUUCUUCCUGGACAGCCGUCACAUGCCCUGCCACCAGAUGGAGGUGCUCAGCUUCACCGGCUGGGAAGUCGUCCGCGAAAACCAGCUCCUCGAUAUGGUCGCCCAGUGCCCCCAACUGAGGCACUUGGGUCUGAACGGCUACCACUGCAGCUGGGACAAGCUCACCAAGCUCCUGAACAUCCGCAACCAGGAGAAGAAUUCUCCACCACUGGAGGUAUUCAGCGAACUCCUGUGGGCAAACUUCACACCCGCCGAGUACCACCACUGGUUAGCCAACAAAUACGUCCAAGUCACCUGUGAUCACUCGGAAUACGAAUACCAGGAGGAGGGCUUCGAGUUCGACUUUGAGUAAACACUUUGGUCCGUCACGGCAGAUUGUACAUAUAUACACCAUUUAAUAUUAAUAA